AUGGUGGUCCAGGUCGAGGCAGUCGCGGCGUACCUUGCUCAGCACCCCGAGCCGCAGGGCGAGGCCGGGCGGUUGGUGGUCGCAUCCGAUUUUGGCCCGGUCUCCUUCUCGGUGAUGGCGGUCGAGGCCGAGAAGCUACUGCUGAUGGGCUCGUGCACGUACGAGGCGCUGAAGGACGCACCGCUGCUCAACUUUUUCACAAAGUCGUUGGACAUGCUCUGCCUCGCCGACCAAAAGGGCUACUUUGUGCGGAUUAACCCUGUGUGGGCCAGUGUCCUCGGCUACACCGAGGAACAGCUCUAUGCCAACCCGUACAUCUCGUUUAUCCACCCGGACGAUCGGGCGCCAACCAUCGAGGCGGCGUCCGGCCUUGCCCAUGGCGUGAAGGUUGUCUCGUUUGUUAAUCGCUAUCGAUGCAAGGACGGGAGCUACCGGACGUUCCGCUGGUCGUCGUCGGCCGAUUCAAGGUAUCUCUACGCCGUUGCGCGUGACGUCACCGAGCAUUACGAGCGCGAGCAGCAGCUGCGCGAGUCAGAGCAGCACUUGCGCGAAGUGUUGCAGGCGACCGGAAACUCGCACGUGACCACCGACGCUUCCGGUGUCAUCACCUCGUGUAAUCCGAUGACGCUCCGCCACUUUGGUCGGACCGACGAGAGCGAGAUGUGUGGCGAGUUGUUGGGGAUCUUUCUGCCGGCCCUCGGCAUUGUCUGGGACGUUGUGCUCGACGCCAUGGUAUCUAACUCAACCGCCACCUUUGACGCUCUCGUCUCUGCCCAGAGAGACCAGCCCGGGAUGAGAGGCCUCACACUCGAGGUCAAGGACGGAGCGGCAACUGUUCGCAAUGUGACCGCCGCCAACGUCGACGACGCACCGGGCCAAAUGGUUGAUGUCACCAUCGACAAGACGCUCGCCGGGUUUGGCGUGCUCAACGUGAGCUACUCGGUCGCCAUCGUCGACGUCUCGGAGCGGCACCGGGCCAAUCUCGAGGCGGCGGCGCGCCAAAAGACCGAAGAGCUGCUCAAGACCAAGGCACAGUUCCUAGCCAACAUGUCGCACGAGCUCCGGACGCCGAUGAAUGGCAUCCUGGGCAUGACCUCGCUUAUGCUCUCGAGCUCACUCUCGGAGCGCCAGCGGUCUUACCUGGAAGUCAUCCACCGGUCGGCAUCGUCGCUGCUUACCAUUGUGGAGGACGUGCUCACGUUUUCGCGGGCAAACGCCGGCGCGCUCACCCUCGACUAUGCGCCAUUCUCGCUCCGGACCGCCAUCGACGACAUUGCGGUCAUCAUCUCGGCCGGAGUGCUUUCGUCGAGUGUCGACUUUGUCGUCGACCUCGCGCCCGACUUGCCGGCACGGCUGUUCUCAGAUGCUGGCCGCAUUCGGCAGGUCGUCAUGAACGUCCUCUCCAACGCCGUCAAGUUUACCUCCAAGGGCACUGUUACACUGCGCCUCUCGAGCGCACCGGUCGACGCGGACUCGAUCAACCUGCCCAACUACACACCCGCCCAUGAUGACGACGACUCGGGUGUAGCGUCCGAUGCACCGGCGGUGCGGCCGGAGCCGAUGCGGCUGGAAAUCAAGACUGUUCUAGAGCGGCUCUUCGUUCCCUUUAUGCAGGCGGACACGUCCAUCACGCGACAGUACGGUGGGACCGGCCUUGGCCUCGCCAUUGUCAAAGAGAUUGUCGACCUUUUUGCCGGCCGCAUUAAGGUCGAGUCGCAGGAAGGCUCGGGCACAACCGUCGACAUCUCGAUGGUUGUCGGCGUCUUGCCGGGAGAGUCGACGCUCGCCGAGGUCUCCAUGCCGGACCUUACACUGCUUCGCAAGCAGAAGAUCAUGUGUGUCGACGACAACCGGGCCAACCUGCGCGUUCUCUCGGGCUUCCUCUGCGAUCAGGGCCGAUGCCCUGACGUGACGCUGCUCGACUCGCCGUUUGAAGCGCUGAAGGCUAUCAAGGCUGCAGCACGGACCGACUCGCCGUACAAGGUCCUUCUUCUCGACGGACACAUGCCACUCUUCUCUGGACCCGAACUUCUUGCAGCUCUCGCCCGCGACAACCAUCGCCCGCUCCGUGACAUGUGUGUGGUGCUUUCAGUCUCAGGUGACGUCGGCGACGACUCGCGUGCGCUCAUCGACACCGCACUCACCCAGGGCAUGUACUUUCACGAGUUUCCCAAGCCGCUGCAGGCUAUCCCCUUUCUCAACGCGCUUGCCACGCUUGUCGGCAUGGCGGCAGCUCCAAGCAGCAGCGGAGCAAGCCAGACGCCGGCCUCGAUACUGCUCGGCACUCCAACUCCGGCGGAUGCAGCGGAUCCUAUCCCACUUGGACCGCAAGUCACGCUCCCACGCCGAGCCAAGGUCCUUCCUAACGUCUCGGUUAGCGAGUCGCCCGAGGAGGCUGACGAUGCCGCCGAUCGGCUGGGCGACGCCUGCCCAAGCUCAACACCGCCGCUAGUCGUCACAUCGCAGCUGUUUGAGGCGAUAGACAAGCUCGGUACCCGAGUGCUUGCCGGCAUCAACGUCCUUAUCAUUCACCCGGAUGACGAGAUGCUGCUCUCGCUAGAGGCGGCGCUGGAGGCGGCCGGAACCGGCGCGGUCGACUGCGCGGCCAAUACAGCAGCAGGGAUCCUGGCGCUUGCGCGACGACCGCCGGCGGCGACGCUCAUCCUUAUCGAUGUCAACGACCCUUCCGCACGGUCGCUGCGCUCGUUGCUGGCGGCGACGCCGAUAUCCAACGACCAAGCGUACGUCGUGGGCUUGGCGGGCGACGACACGAGUGCGGGCCUGGGCCCGCUCGGCUCACAGGGCUCGCCGUUCCGAGCCAUCCUCCAGCAGCCCAUCAGCGACGAGGAGCUCGUGGACUCGGCGUACGACACCGUUGUUCACUACCACAUCUCGUUGCUCUCAUCAGCGCUGCAGACGACGGCGCUCUCAGACCUCUCGGUCAUGGUGGUUGAGGACCUCGAGGUCAAUCGCAUGGUCCUCACAGCCAUCCUCGAGUCGCUCCGCAUCGACGCCAUUUCGGUUGCGGUCGACGGAGCCGACAUGCUGGAUAGUCUGGAGGCCGCCGCUGCUGACGGUGGCAGCGGACUUCCGGACGUCAUCCUCCUCGACUGCCACAUGCCAGUUAUGGACGGCUUCACCGCAAGCCGCAAAUGGCGCGCGCGUGAAGCCGCCGACGGCUCGGGUGCCCGACUUCCGAUCUGCGCACAGCUGGCGCUCGCGGCCGGCAUGGAUGCCGUCGCCACCAAGCCUAUCUCGCCGCUCGACAUCCGCGCCUUUGUUGUCGCCUUUCUUCCGCGAGUCCUCGACGACUUGCCAGGCCCGACCGAGACAUGGGCGCUGCCUCCAGAGGUUGUCGACAUGCUCGAGCUCGUGCUGAGCAACAUAACCGGGGUUGUCCGCGCCGAGCUCGACACGGCGGCCACAUGCUUGGUGCUCCUUGGUCAUCGGCGGGUCGCUGGCAUGCUGCUGCUCGCCUGGGAAAUGGCGAACGGGACGACAACCAACGUCGCUCACUCGUUUGUCACCCGCUACCUCGCCGAGCUCUCGCAGGCCAUCACUGCAGCCGCCGCCUCCCCGGUCGGCCUCAUGCCCACCGUUACCACCUCGGGCUCGACCUCUCCCGCCGACUCGCCAGUCACGUCACCUUUGCUGUAA